AUGACAAAGGCAAUCCCACUCGCCGUAGUUGGUGAUUUUGAUAACGAGAAACGUCUCCGCAUUCUCGGUAUCAUUGACAAAAUCCGAGAACUAGGCAUUAGCGAGAGCGUUUCGUUGCCUCAGCUCGUUGUUGUGGGCGACCAGUCAAGUGGGAAGUCGUCACUCUUGGAGGGGCUAACGGGGCUGUCGUUCCCAGUCGCGAGCGAUCUUUGCACCCGCUUCGCGACGCAGAUUGUCUUACGCCGAGCACCCUCAGAUGAGGCACAAGUGAAGAUUUCGAUCAUUGCCGGUCCCGCCGCGCAGGCGAAUGAAGAAGCUCUAGAUGGUUUGCGCAACUUCCAACGAACACUCGCCGUUGGGGACUUUGGCAGUGAAAUGUUUCAGAAGAUUAUUGCAGAGGCUGCCGAAUGUAUGCGACUACCAGCUUCAAGCGCCAAAGACCUUGAGGAUGUAGACAAGAGAUUUUCAGACGAUGUUCUCAAAAUCGAACUGGCAGGCCCUGACCAGCACCAUUUAAGUUUCGUCGAUGUUCCAGGGCUUUUCCAUAAUCCAACCAAGUACCAGACGGAGGAGGAUCGCGCUGUAAUUCGAAGGCUCAUCGAAAAUUACAUCACGGACCCAAGGACCAUCAUUCUAGCGGUUAUGAACGCUUGUACUAAUCUUGCUAACCAAGAAGUCUUCUCCAUGGCACGCGCCGCUGAUCCAGACGGAAAGCGUACCGUCGGCAUCAUCACAAAAUGUGAUGCAGUGCAAGCUGGAGAUGAACAAGCUUUUGCCGUAAAGAAUCGAUCCACACAAGACAUUGCCGAAGGUGUCUCUAUCACAGAACGACACAAGCGAGAGAAGCUUUUCUUCUCGACUGUCGCGCCAUGGAAAGACCUGAAAGCGGCCCGGACAGGAGUGAACGCGCUCAAGGGCUUUCUCGGAAGACUCCUCUACAGCCACGCUGGUAGCGAAUUUCCGGACGUCGUCAAGGACAUCGUGAAACUUUCAGCAAGCACUCUCAUGGAGCUUGAGCUUCUUGGACCGUCGCGCCAGACCAGCACCGACCAGAGGCGUUGCCUGAUGCGUUUGGCGAGCGUCUAUCAACAAGAUGUCAAUAACGGUCUGAACGGAAACUACGACUCAGAUCUUGGUAAAGACAACCCCUUGAAGCUGCGCAUGCGCAUACGAAAUCUCAAUGAUGAGUUCGCAAUUAUCAUGGCGCGCUCAGGACAUGCGAAGAUAUUCAAAGAUGUGGGUGGAGCUCUUGAUAAUGAGUUCCGCCGGAUGGGCCCCCAAGAGGAUAUCUUACACUGGAUUCGCGGGCUUUACAAGGAAUCCCGAGGCACAGAGCUACCUGGAACUAUCAACCCAAAAGUCGUCGAGAAUAUGUUCCGUCAGCAAUCUUUGCCAUGGGUGCGUCUCGCAAAUCGUUACAUGCGGGAAGCUGGCACCAUUAUUCGGGAGUUCAAUGACGAUGUGCUUGAAAGAAGGAUCUCGGACCAUGAACUGAGAGACAAGGUGAAAGCGAAAACUGUAAACCACUACUUUGCCGACACACUUUCUGCUAUUCGCGAAGAACGGAUGAUAGCUAGACUGAAGAAUGCUGGUGUCUCUAGUGGCCAGUAUUUUGAUCUCCAGGGGGCGGUGAAUGGCGUGCAUCUCAGCAAUGAAGAUCAGGCGGUCAACGACAUUCAUGAUACCUUGAAGGCCUACUACAAAGUAGCCUUGAAGCGGUUCGUGGACAACGUGGUAAUCCAGAUCACCGAAAGAAUCAUUCUGGGCCCUAACGGAUCGGUAAGAUGGUUUUCUCCCGAGAUGAUUGGCGAUCUUCAGGACGACGAAUUAGCAUACCUUGCGGCUGAGAACUUCUCUACGUCGACCAGAAGGAACGAACUCCAGAUCAAGUACGAUCGCCUGCAGAAAGCUUUGGUGAUCGCGAAGGGGGUCGUCUUGUAG